UUUAAUUUUGUACACUUUAUUUUUUUAAAAAUGGUUGUAUUAUCAUUUUAAUAUGUGAAUUAUGGACGCUUGAUUUUUUCGAACGAUUUUAGCAUAGUAUGAUAUUGUAUCGUUACAUUUUAAAAUGCAAUGUUCAACUCUCUAACUAAGCUUAUCAAUCGAUCCACAAUACGAUACAAUGGCAACUUCGGGUGUGAAGAGCGAAAGCGAAAUCAUUCGCCCAGUUGUAGACUUCCCUCCCAGUUUAUGGGGUGACCAAUUCUAUUCAUACUCCAUUGACAAUAAGAUUGCAGAGGCAUAUGCAAAAGAGAUUGAAAUUUUGAAGAAGCAAACAAGGGCGACGUUGACUAGUUCAAGCAACUACAAUGUCGCAGAGAGACUGAAAUUCAUCGACUUACUUGAACGACUCGGAGUAGCCUAUCAUUUCGAGAGAGAGAUUGAAGAUCAACUGCAGCACAUUUACAUCACCCAUCAUCAUGCACAACACUCUCAUGAUGAUUUGGAAACUGUUUCUCUUCAAUUUCGCCUGCUCAGACAACAUGGCUUCAAGAUUUCUUCUGAUAUAUUCAACAACUUCGUUGAUAGCAACAACAAAUUCAAGGAUACCUCCGAUAUCAAGGGUUUGUUGAGUCUGUAUGAAGCUUCAUAUGCGAGCACACAUGGGGAUGACGUUUUGGACGACGCACUCACUUUCACCAAGACUCGUCUUCAAUGUGUAAAUCAAAAUUUGAAAUCAGACUCCACUCUGGAGAAGCUUGUGGCGCACGCCCUCGAGCAACCAUUGCACACUGGCAUGCCUAGAAUCGAAACACGCUUUUUCAUUUCAGUGUAUGAGCAAGAAAAUGAUAUGUCUAGGAAUGACAUGUUGCUCCGCUUUGCAAAGUUAGAUUAUAACAAUCUGCAGAUGCUGCACAAACAAGAACUGAGCGAAGUGUCAAGGUUAGUCAUUCAUUCUUGUCAUCAUUUCGGUACAUUCUAUAUAUAUUCUAUGUAAACAGGCAGCAUGUGCAUCUUCAUGCCGUUUUAAAUUUCAAGUUUUCUUACAAAUGUAGGUGGUGGAAAGAGCUAGACUUUGUGACAACUCUUCCUUAUGCAAGGGACAGAGCAGUUGAAUGCUAUUUUUGGGCACUUGGAGUGUAUUUUGAGCCGCAAUUUUCCAAGGCUCGAGUAAUGCUUGCCAAAAAUAUUUUAAUUGUUUCAAUUCUAGAUGACACUUAUGAUGCAUAUGGUACCAUAGAAGAACUGGAGGUCUACACAGAUGCUAUAUGCAAGU